GGUCUGGCCCGCCCCCGGCUGGCACUCGCAGCAGUCCCCAGGACCCCGCUGUCCCAGCUCCUUGGGCUGAGGCCCCUCCGGCCCAGCGGGGGGAGAGUUGUGUAUUUGCUGCUCUCCCAGGGUCGGGGUCUGGGGGCUCUGCAGGAGCCAGGUGCUGCUGGGACACUAACCCCCAGCGCUGCAGCUGGCUGUGGGCUCAGGAGCUGUGGCUUGUGGGUUGACCCCCCAGCUCAGCAGCGUGUAAAAGCUACAGGGCUUGGGGCUGGCGUGUGCCAUAAGCACAAGUCCCUGUCUGGUUAUAAACAUGCCAGCCCUCUGUAAGGCAGGGAAAGGGUUAAACCCUUCCAGUAACUCCUCCCCAGCUCAUCCCUCUGCACGGGAGGGCAAUGCAGCAGGGUGAAGCAAGGCCCAGAGGCGGCCCCCCCACGCCCUUUUAUGGCAUCAGUCAGCAGCCGCCCAUCAUCUCCUCCCUGCUCCAACCACACUGAUAAGGUGUUUACGGUGGAGGUGCUGUGCAAUGGCCGGAAACAUACUAUUGAGAAGCGCUACAGCGAGUUCCAUGCCCUGCAUAAAAGGAUAAAGAAGAUGUGCAAGGUCCCAGAUUUCCCCCCCAAGCGAGUCCCCAACUGGAUGUCGAAGGUGCAGGAGCAGCGGCGGCAGGGCCUGGAGGUUUACAUUCAGGGCGUCCUGUACUACAACAAGUCGCUGCCUAAGGAACUGCUGGACUUCCUGAAGCUCAGGCACUUUCAGCAGGAUGCCAAGGCCAGCAGCCUGGACCACGGCUUCCUGCUCUCCCACCGGCCGGUUAUGAUCUUCCACAAAGACCCAUAUGUGCUCCCCUCCUCCACAGAGCUGCUGCCAGACAUAGUUCUGAGUGGUGUGUUGCGAGGCUUCUACAGACCAGCAAGCUGCUGCUGGGAGAAGGCAGCCCCACAGUGCUUGGCAGGGCCCCACAUGCUUAGCCAGCAGGGCUCAUGAGGGUAUCCACGACCCAGCCAUUGCUCAGGCUUCACCAGCACCACUGCUGGAGUGGGAGCACUGCUCAGUUGUCCUAUCUACGGAUUGCUCCUGUAUCUUAGUGGCUUUGCCUUCCCCAGCAUGGGGUGAUGGACAAAAGGGGGAGAUGCUGAUGAGCCUGGGGGCUGGUGCCUAACACACAUGGAGAUUGGGCUGGAAGCACUUGUAAUGAACAGGGCAGCUGUGAGGCCAGACUCUAACUGCUCCAGCAGUGCCAUCUCUGGCCACAGCACGUGGAAAUGCUGCAAGCUGCACUAUGGCUGGGAUGGCCAGGCUCCUUGCCAGUGCUUAUGGCUACCCAUAUCUCUGGCUGCAGCUCCUGCCAGGCUGGAUAGAGCCUGGGGGGUGGGGGGUGUGUGUGUGUGUCCUAGACCCCUGCGGGGAAGGGUUGGUCUCCUGCAGGCUAAAGGGAGCUGUGCAGAUGUGUAUAGGCAAUAAAUCACUCAGGUCUGGUUUGGA